CAGCGAAUCAUUUUGUUUAGUUAAAGCUGAGCAUCCCAGUUUCUAUUUUCCACUAAUGUUCCAUUUUUACGCUUAACAUAAAUUUAAAAAAAAUUCAAUCUAUUGUUAUGGUAUUCAAAUAAGAAUAUACUUGGUGUCAAUUCGACGAACACUCCAGGGAAAUUUGCAUUUUCUCUUAGUUUACAUUUAGCCUGAAAAAUAGACUAUAAAUUUGUUAUAUAAUUAGGUCAGAAGAGAAACUAUAUUUUUUGGAGAACUGCAUGCUAAACAAUACGUUUUGCCAUUUUCAGUCCAGCCAUUAGAAUUAGUUCACUUCUACUUUUAGAAAUUGUUCCACCACACUACAUACUACUGGCGUGAAACUAUUUUUCAUAUUCUAUCUCAUAUUUUACGAAUUUGGUAUUAAAACUCGUGUUAUUUUUAAAGUCUUUUUAAAGGUAGGAUAGGAUGGAGUAUACUUCAUUGAUUUAUCCCAUGAUUUGAAGUAAACACUUUUAUUAUCCGAUCACUAAAACUUUAUCCAUAUUUAACAUUGAUCGCUAAUUUCCAACGUGAAGAAACAACAACACUAAAAGUAUGCAUUAAAAUAAAAAUCAAAACUAGGGCCUAUAAAUUGUGGGCUGGUAGGUACUUUUAUCUUUUCACAGUUAGUCCAUAAAAGUGCUAUAUAUACACCCCAACAAUUCCCAUUUCUUCAUUAUCUAAUCCAUAGUUAGAAUGGCAAUCUCCAAAGACAACCUCAACACCCCAAAAUCUCACUAUGCAUCACAAAUCAUGCUCAGAAUAUUGGCCAUUGCAACUACCCUCUCUGCUGCAUGCCUAAUGAUCACCAACAAGCAAGCCACGCUUGUCUUCGGAAUCCAAGUCGAUGCCCGUUACUCUUAUUCCCCCGCUUUCAAGUUUUACGCAUUCGCAAAUAUUGUUGCGUUUGCACUGUCAGUUUUGUCACUGAUUGCCGUGUUCUUGAUGGAGAGAAAGCCACUCAACUCAACCUACUACUUCUGCUUAUUCCUCCAUGACUUGAUGAUUACUGUUUUGUUAAUGGCUGGAUUAGGGGCCGCGAUGGCGAUUGCAUAUGUGGGCAAAUUCGGCAACUCCCACACCGGUUGGAUGCAGAUUUGUGAUCAUUUUGGCAAGUUUUGCAACACAGUAAUUGCUUCUUCAGUUGUUGGAUUCUUGGGACUUUUUGUUUAUUUAAUCCUCACUAUCGUCUCCGCUAACCAAUCAAGGAAAAUCCCACCUUCAAUUUAAAGCUAGAUUUCUCUAUGUAAUAUUAAUUGUGUUGA